GGCCAUUUUUGUUUUGGACCGUGCUGCUGCUGCGUUUUUAAUCCCUGCGUGGUUUCACUGAAUUUCACUAAAUGGCAACUUGUUUAGGUGGGAUAGAUGUCUGUGUACCAAAGUCGAAAGGCUGACAGGGCCUUUUCCCCAAUUUUAAGACGGCAGCCGCUUCGGCUUCAGCUGCCCUAAGGCAAGAUGGCAGAUAAAAACUCGCACAGGAAAAAAGAACACCCGAGGGAAACGCCCUUAGUCAAGAUGGCGAGCAGCCACGGCUUCCAUUGCCCUAACAGAAGAUGACCGAUACUCACGGCCAGAUAAGGACAUAGCGGUGCCCUUAGCUAAGAUGGCAACAGCCACACCCUCAAGUUCCCGGACACAAGGUGGCGAAUACGCACUAUUAGGUCGCAGGGAGGGAGGACAGGGCAUGAAAUGCCCUCAAAGAUGGCGCCGCCGUCUUCCGACUCCCCAGCCCUGACAAGACAUGGCGUGAGGGGGCGAUGCGAAGACGGAAAGUCACGUGACUCCACUUUGUUCGGCCCCCUCCUCCUCCCCCAUACAUUUCUAUUCAUUCGCAUUUUCUCGCCGCCUCAGGAGAAGACGGAGCUGCAGAAAAGGAUAAGUACCGCUCCGAAAACCAUCGCGCGCGCGCGCGCUCCCUUCACAUAUCUCUAUUUAGGGAACGCGCGCGAGAAGAGGACAAACGGGGCGGGGGGCGGGAGAGGAAUUGAAAAUCUGACAGAAGACAAUGAACCCCGCGCUUGAGGCAGCUGAGGGAGGACCCAGCGGCGCGUUCGGAAACGUUCCGUGGUGGCGGCGGCGGCGGCCGUUUGUCCCAACCCGCCACCCGUAGCCGGCAGGGCUGUUCCCGCCAAAAAUUCUGAGGAGAGAGAGCGGGGACCCCCCCCCGCGGCCUCGCGCCUGAGAAGAAAGGGGCGGGGCUGAUCCCCAACCCUCGAGGCCUUGCUGUCCCGAGGCGAAUGUGUGGGCGGAGCUAAUGCCGCUUCCCGCCCCUUAGAAGGCUGGAGGAGACGUCACUGCAGCCCCUAAAGGGGAGGAGCCAGAGCGUUUGGACCACCAAUCCCAGAGGGAGGGAGGAGCCAGGAUUAUCGCCACCAAAGAGGGAGGAGCCAUUAGGGUCAUUGUGGGGGCUAUUUGCCUGAGAAGUCUUUGGAGCCGCCCCUGAAAAGGGAGAAGCCCUUUCAUUGGACCACCUCCUGAAAGAGGGCAGUGCUGAGGAAGCUGCCCCAGGGGAAGUGGUGUUUGCCCCGCCCCUUAGCUGCCACCACGUUUCUUCCUGCUGCCAUGAAGCUCCUCCGCCUGCUGUGCCGCCACAAGACGGCUCUGGGACUCGGCGGCCUGUCUCUCUUUGGCGUGGUGCUCCUCUACUUGGCCAAGUGCACCUCAGAAGGCCUCAAGCCCUCCCAUGGCUGGGGGCUGCCUCAGCAACAGUCUCCCGCCCGGACCGGGGGUGUGAGUGGGCCGCACCCUCCAGCCGCCGCCCCACCUCCUCCUCCCGAGGAGAGCGCCUUCCUGGCUGUGUUGGUGGCCAGCGGCCCCAAAUACACAGAGCGACGGAGCAUCAUCCGCAGCACAUGGCUCUCGGUGGCCGGCCGGGUCCCCACCGGAGACGUCUGGUUCCGUUUUGUGGUGGGCACCGGAGGCCUGACCGGGGAGGAGCACCACACCUUGGAGCUGGAGCAGAGCCGCCAUCAGGAUCUUCUCCUCCUUCCUGACCUCCGAGACUCCUAUGAGAACCUGACCGCCAAGGUCCUGGCUAUGUUUGUGUGGCUCGACCAGCACCUGGACUUCCGCUUUGUCCUCAAAGCUGAUGACGACACGUUUGUGCGCUUGGAUGUCCUGGUGGAGGAGCUGAGGGCCAAGGAGCCACGCCGCCUCUACUGGGGCUUCUUCUCUGGGCGCGCCCGUGUGAAAUCCGGCGGGAAAUGGAAAGAGAACGCCUGGCUCCUUUGUGACUACUACCUGCCCUAUGCUCUGGGCGGGGGCUACGUGGUUUCAGCUGACCUGGUGCACUACUUGCGCCUCACGCAAGACUAUCUCAACAUAUGGCAAGCUGAAGACGUAUCCCUGGGUGCCUGGCUUGCUCCGGUGGAUGUGAAGAGGGUUCACGACUCUCGUUUCGACACGGAGUAUAAAUCGCGGGGCUGCAACAAUAAAUACAUUGUGACUCAUAAACAGAGCAUUGAGGACAUGUUGGAGAAGCAUCAGACUCUAGCCAAAGAAGGGAAGCUCUGUAAAGAAGAGAUUAAACUCCGACUGUCAUACACGUAUGACUGGAGUGUGCCUCCUUCACAGUGCUGCCAGAGGAAAGAUGGUAUACCUUGAAAACUGUGAGGAAAGACAGUAUACCUUGGCAACUGUGCAAAUAAGAGGGGAAGGGAACACAACCAGGCGGGAGGAAAUUGGUGAUGGUGGAUGUGUGUCACACUGAAAUCAUUCCUCCUCCGGCCGGAACUUUUAAAUUAUUCCAAGAUUUUCCACAGUAUGUCAGGCCAUAUUGCAUCACCCUUGCCAGUGUGGCAUAUGAAGGAUAUAGGGGAAGAGCAUGGAACAAACGGGGGUCUAGGAAAAUAGUACCUGAAAGGCAGGAAUUGGCAAAAGGAACAAUUUUUAUGUACUGUGGGACAAAGAAAUGAAGGAUUUUAAAGGCUCUUUAAGUUACGGUACUAAGUGUUAGACACAGAGCUGUGGUUUGUUUCCUUUC